AUGAAUGUAACUGGUGAGAAUCCUCUAUUAUUCAAGUGCGGUACGAAGGGCUACAUCAACCAAACUUAUACGCCAAAAGAACUUUAUGACUGCGGGGUGACUCAAGGAAAGGAAAUUAUUAAAGAAAAGAACCCAAAUUUCUUAGUUUUUUAUCAUACUUUUCUUACCCAACAGCCUGAUCCAAGUCCACAAACGUUUACUUGCGGUACGAUGGGCUAUACCAAUUCAAGCUAUGACUCAUAUGACUUUUAUUCUUGUGGUUAUAUGCAAGGAAAAGGGACAGAAACCAAUGCGGGAAUACAUAAUCCAAGACCUUCUUAUUCCCUUAUCAAAUUUAUCAUACUGUUCAUGCUUGUGAUCUACACAAUUGCAUAA